AUGUAUUCUCGUCUUUUGACUACUCAAAAACGGAAAUUUUCAAAGUUUUUGCAAAUUUCGAACCCUGUUAAAGAGGCGUUAGCUAAUGGAGAAGCAGUUGUGGCAUUGGAAAGUACGGUUAUCACCCAUGGAUUACCGUAUCCACAAAAUUUGAGCACCGCCAAAAGUUUGGAGCAAAAAGUGAGAGCAUCUGGAAGUCAACCUGCCACUAUUGCGCUAUUUGAUGGGAAGAUCCAUGUUGGCCUAGACGACGAGAAACUUGAAAAACUUGCUUCCAGUCAAAAUGCGGUAAAAGUUUCCACUCGAGAUAUCGCUAAAACUCUUAUCAGGAAGGAAAUCGGUGGGACUACUGUAGCUUCCACCAUGAAAAUCGCACAUGCCGCCGGGAUCAGUAUAUUUGCGACAGGUGGAAUUGGAGGAGUGCAUAGAGGAGCUGAUCAGACAUUCGACAUCUCAGCUGACCUCCAAGAGCUCUCUCAAACCCCAGUGUGUGUAGUUUGCUCAGGUGUAAAGAGUAUUUUGGACAUUCCAAAAACUGUGGAAUAUCUGGAAACUCACUCCGUCAAUUGUGUAGUUUAUGGGGAGGAAAAUGUAUUUCCAAGCUUUUUCACUAGAAAAUCUGGAAGCAAAGCUCAAUUUCAAACGGAAAGUUUAGAAGAAGUCGUGCAACUUUUGAAAACAUCGAACACUUUGGGUCUCCCAUUUGGAACUCUCUUGGCGUGUCCGAUUCCGGAAAAGUAUGCAGCUGAUGGGGAUUUGAUUCAAAAUGCCAUUGAUCAAGCAAUCAGGGAAGCUAUUGAACAAAACAUUGCCUCACAACAAGUCACCCCAUUCAUCCUGGCCAGAAUCAAUGAGCUAACAAAAGGAGCAUCUAUGAAGACUAAUAUCGCUCUUCUGGAAAAUAAUGCGUCAAUUGCGGGUAGACUAGCUGCAAAACUUUGUGAUCGGAGACCCAUAGCUAUUUCAAAAAUGGAUAGGAAUCAGUCGUCAAUGGGGGCGAAGCCUAAAGUGGUGUCCAUUGGAGCAGCUAUUGUGGAUUUCGAAGCCAUCACUAGCGAGGACGUUAAGGACGACGGAGGAUCCUAUAAUGGACGUGUGGUUCAAAGGAUGGGUGGAGUAGCCAGGAAUCAUGCGGAGGCGUCGGCGAGGCUUGGCUGUGAAUCCAUUUUUAUCUCUGCUAUUGGUGACGAUCAAAAUGGACAGUUCUUCAGGCAGAAUAGUGAGAAAAUUGACAUCACCCGUGUGAAAACGAUCAUCAACAAGCCAACAUGUACUUAUCUGGCAGUUAAUAUUAAAAAAAAUGUUAGAUAUGGAAUUGUGACUAGUGAGCCACUGCUGAGCACGUUGACACCGAACUUGAUCGAUGAUAAUUCAGACGUUCUGGAAUGCUCAGAUUUUAUUCUGCUGGAUUCAAAUCUACCAGUUCCAUUAAUGUCAAAAGCUUUAGAAAUCGCAAAGAAACAUGAGAAGCAAGUCUGGCUCGAGCCCACGGACAUUGACAAGGUCAAAAAGGUAUUCUCAACUGGUCUGGUGGAUGCAGUAACUGCCACGUCACCAAAUGCCAAUGAAUUUUUGGAAUGGGCCAAACUUUGUAAUGUUAAAGUGGAUCCUUCUAUAGUGAAUUCAGCUGAGAGUGUAUUGGAAUUGAUUGAGAAGGAGAAGACACGGUUGAUUUUGAAUACUUCGCUUUUUGUGGUGACAUUGGCAAAUAAGGGAUCUGCAGUUGUUUAUAGGAACAAAUUGGGUCAGUUGGAAUUUCAAGCGCUUCCUCCGCCGCUUCAAAUGGGCAAAGUGGUUUCGGUUUCGGGUGCUGGUGAUAGCUUCAACAGUGGAGUUAUCGCCGGAUUAACGCAUAACAAGUCAGUUGUGGAAUCCCUACAGCUUGGCCAAGAAUGUGCUAGACUCACGCUACAAACUACAUUGGCAGUAUCUGAAGCUAUUACAUCACAAUUAUUAAAAUAA